AGAAAUGGAUAUGGAUUGUCAGUGCUGUAGUAGUUUCAUUAUUUAUGCUUCUUUUCAGCCUCUUUUUCUUUUUAAGAAGAAGAAGAAUUAAACUACAAGGGAAAAAUGAGGAGAGAGUUCUACUUGAACUUAUGACACCAAAUGGAUAUAUGAACAUGGAUGAACUUGAACAUGAUGGGAACAAGGGUUACGACCUCAAGGUAUUUAGGUUUUCGUGUAUCGUGGAUGCUACAAGUUCAUUCUCAUCAGAACGUAAGCUCGGAGAGGGUGGUUUUGGACCUGUUUACAAGGGAAAAUUGCCUGAAGGACACGAAGUAGCUAUAAAGCGACUCUCAAGAAGCUCGGGACAAGGAUUGGUGGAGUUCAAAAAUGAGCUCAUACUCGUACCCAAACUCCAACACAUGAAUCUGGUGCGACUUCUAGGUUGCUGCAUUCAAGGAGAUGAGAAAAUGCUGGUAUAUGAAUACAUGCCUAACAAAAGUUUGGACUUCUUUCUCUUUGUUAAGCAAUCCCUUUUUUUCCAAAUGCAUUAUUUGCUUCAUUUUCAAGUGCAACUGGCUAAUAAAUUUUUUUUCUUUGCCCAAAAAAUUUCAUAUUUUGCACUUCAUUAUGAGACAGAUACAACUAAGAAGGAGCAAUUAACAUGGGAAAGACGCCUCAGCAUUAUUGAAGGAAUCGCUCAAGGGCUACUUUACCUUCACAAGGUUUCAAGAUUGAAGAUAAUACAUAGAGAUUUGAAAGUUAGUAACAUAUUACUCGAUGAAAACAUGAAUCCCAAAAUUUCUGAUUUUGGUAUGGCCAAAAUUUACAAGCAGAGUGUAUUAGAAGCUGCUACAAAUAGAGUUGUUGGGACGUAG